GCCGGGGUCUCGAGGAGGGGGUUUAGGCCUCGGUGUCCUCCACGGUCGCCGCUGUGGCCUCGGGCUGUUUGGUGUUCUUGAGGAAGGGAAUGGGAAAAAGGAGGUGGCGAAGCACAGUGUGUGGUGCGGUUUGUUGUGCCGCUGGCUUUCUCGGGCGUCGGGCAGCGCCUCCCGGGGCCGGACCCCGCGCCGCGGAGGAGCCGCCGGCGGCGCCAGGUCUGACAGGGAGGAUCCAACCCAACCAGCCACCGGCUCUGGAGAGUAAGGCCCGGGCUGCUGUCCGCCGGGUCCCUCUAGGGAAUGAGGAGUCAGUAUAACACAGAAAGUCAGUCUCUCAGGAAAGUGUGGGAUAGUCAGCGUGAAACUGUGAAAUAAGGCUUGUUAAGCCAGGGAGGUGCCUCCUGUCAGUUUUAGACCUACCUCUGACUAGUGAUCAACCCCAGGACGCGCUCGGUUUGUGUUUUUUAAACCAGGAGUUUGUACUUGAUCCUUGGUACCCGUGACUGUGACUAAUUCUCUGGAAAGAAGUAAUCCAUCUGCUAAUUACGCUCCAAACGGGCCACUGGAGAGGAAGGCAGGCAGUUUCCACAAACCAAAGUGUCUUUCAUCAGCCGUGUUGUAUCAUCCUAGGUUAUUAAGGAUUCCUAUGGUACGGUGUUCAAAAAACAGGAUCAUUUCUUUUUGAAUCCCAAGUCCUUUAGGCUGUACUCUCAAGAAUUCUAAGUUGAAUUCUAGGUUGAAACGUCUCUAAGGUUAGAGAAAUAUUUUAACGACUCCUGAGAAUUUGGAAAAUAAGAGUUUAUCUUAUCUCAAGUACAAACAAUGAAAGUUCGUUUUUGGGGGGCAGCCUUCGCAGAAAUCUUAAAUUCUGUUAAUUAUGAGUUUUUAACAAAACUCAUUUCUCCGCGCUUUUUUGUUUAAUAUUUGGCAUCUUACAGUUUAAAAAAAAAGAGAUUACAUUCUGUUGUAUUGCACUGUUAGUAUUACUCUGAUUUUGAGAUUCUCUAUGUGCAAUUCUUGGCUCACCUUGCGGAAAUGAAAACUGAAAGUUUCUUAGGGAGGGAAAUUACUGCUAAUUUAGGCAUACUGGGCUAUUUACCUUGGUAAUGUACUUUUUUGCCUUUAAGUUAAAAAGUAUUUUAAACCCCUUUAGAAUAUGAAUUCUUGAAGGGAAGAUUGAGAUCCUUUAAAAAUUAUUUUGAUUUUCCAACCUUUUUACAAGGCCUGCAUAUGAGUCUUUGAUAAUAACUGAUAAAAAUCAGUUAUUGAAUAUUUUUCUAUCUAUUGUGUUUAUGGCCAGAGUGUUAGUGGAAAGGCAAAGCCAGGAAAGGUUUUUCUCAGUUUGCUUGAAUUAUAUUUGCUCUUAAGAAGAUUACAACCAAUUUAGGAGUAGUAAGUCCUGUGUGGAUGAAAUAACAUGGAAACAGGAUAUUAGAAAUGGCCACUCCCCAGUCAGUUUUCAUCUUUGCAAUCUGCAUUUUAAUGAUAACCGAAUUAAUUUUGGCCUCAAAAAGUUACUAUGAUAUCUUAGGUGUGCCAAAGUUGGCAUCAGAGCGUCAGAUCAAGAAGGCCUUUCACAAGUUGGCCAUGAAGUACCAUCCUGAUAAAAAUAAGAACCCUGAUGCUGAAGCAAAAUUCAGAGAGAUUGCAGAAGCAUAUGAAACACUCUCAGAUGCUAAUAGGCGAAAAGAAUAUGAUACACUUGGACAUAGUGCUUUUACUAAUGGUAAAGGACAAAGAGCUAGUGGAAGUCCUUUUGAGCAGUCAUUUAACUUCAAUUUUGAUGACUUAUUUAAAGACUUUGGUUUUUUUGGUCAAAACCAAAACACUCGCUCCAAGAAGCAUUUUGAAAAUCACUUCCAGACACGCCAGGAUGGUUCCAGUAGACAAAGGCACCAUUUCCAGGAGUUUUCUUUUGGAGGUGGGUUGUUUGAUGACAUGUUUGAAGAUAUGGAGAAAAUGUUUUCUUUUAGUGGUUUUGACACCACCACCAAUCGACACACAGUACAGACUGAAAAUAGAUUCCAUGGAUCUAGCAAGCACUGUAGGACUGUCACUCAACGAAGAGGAAAUAUGGUUACUACAUACACUGACUGUUCAGGACAGUAGUUCAUUCUUUUUCCGUUCUCAUUAAACCCAACUAGUUGACUCUUCAGUAUCUUUGAUGCGGAACCAACUUUUUGUGAACUAUUUGACAAGUGCAUGAUUUCACUUAACUUGAUAUAGCUAGUAAAUACAUUUAAAUUGCUUUUGACAAAUUCAGCAUUCAGUUAGUAGAGAAAUAGUUAAUUAUUAAUUUCCCUGAUUAGGCAAGGUUCUUUAAAAAAGAUAUUAUAAUUCUGCCUGGUCUUUUUUCUCUACCUGCCCUUGGGCUUGUUAACAUGACCAAUUUUAUUACCAGGGAAAGAAUGAAUUUGCCUGAUAAAUAUUUAAAGGUUAAACUUUAAAAGUUAUUGUAGAUUUAAAUUGUGGGAACUUGAGUGGUUUUUUUGGAAUGAAACCUUUGCUAAUUUAAAAUUGCAUGCUCUGCAGCAUCUCUGACUUGGGUUGCAAAAUAUAUGUGAAACUGUAUAAUUGAGUCCUUCAGCAAAGGACAGCAAGCAGUGUCUUGGUUAAUUUCCACGGAAAGCUUCAGAAAGGUAUGGUUUAAUAUUUACCACAGAACCAUGGAGAAGAGUUGAAGUAAAGGAAAUGAUUGUAUUGCUCAUAGUCAUUUAGACUAAAAGAAAGUUGAAAACUUAUGAAAUAUUGCCAGGAGAUUGUUAUGUGUUUGGUCCCUGGCUAAUGAUUUUGUAGUGUUGAAAUCAUAGCUACUUUACUUACACGUCUUUUCACAUUUCUUUCUUAGUUGUUGGCCCUUUAGGUCUUAGUAUGGACUUAUGUAUUUUUUGUGUGUGUGUGUGGUUUUUCUUCCUUGCACUCAUCUUUAGAGAUUGACUAAUACCUCAUUCUGUUUAUAAAAACAGCCAGUAAUUUCUGUGCAACCUUAAUAUGUGCAAUAUUUUUAAAUCCUAAGAAAUGUGUGCUUUUGUUUUCAGAUAGACUUAUUUCUUUAGUUCUGCACUUUUCCAUGUUUAUACUCCAUAUGAGUAUUAAUCCUAUGGAUACAUAUUAAAACUAGUAAAUAUCUCAUACAACUUUGUGAGUGAGAAAAAUAUAAUAUUUACAAUAUGGUGUU